AUGCUCGGUGUAGCUAGGCGCCUUUUUCCAUCGUCGUUCGUCACUGCGGAGCUUUCCCUGAACCCCAUUUGCCGCGCGGCGACUCCACCUAUAAGACACGCCAGGUCUCAACCUGAUCUUGGCGAUCUACGCCCUUCGCUCUCCGCCAGUCGCUCGCUCCCACCUUUUCCACGCAGCAUGACCCGUCGAAACGUCAUUCCUAUCCUCGCGCUAAUCCUCACGCUAUUCGUAAUCGCAUUCUUCUACUCGGGCAUUGACACCAGUCAAGCAUGGCGGGGCCUACCACAACGUGUUGGUCUGGGAGAGCACAUUGGGAGCCAUGAGCAACCACCUUCAAGCACUGGCAGCGCCAACCCGUCCAAAGACACGACCCAAGACCCAGACUAUGCGAACUGGAACCCGAGGCCCGUCUUCAAGCCAGGCUCGCCAAUGCCACCAGAGCACAACUAUACUUCGACACUGGUAAUCGCGAAGACGAAGCACGAGAAUAUCAAUUGGAUACUGGAGAAGAUGCCGGAGCAGCAGACAGCAGUCUACGUCGCCGACGAUCCUACCGCACCGUUGCAUCCGCCCAAGAACAAGGGACACGAAGUCAUGGUCUAUCUUUCGUGGAUCAUCGACAACUACGACAACCUUCCCGAUGUCGCUAUUUUUAUGCACGCCCACCAAUUGUCCUGGCACAACGACGAGAUUCUUGGCAACAACGCACAUCUCCUCAUAACCCGACUUAAUCGACACCGCGUUUGGAGGGAAGGCUUCGUGAAUAUGAGGUGCAGUUGGCAUCCUGGCUGCCCCGACUGGAUGCACCCUGGAAACACCGAAAAGGACGCUCAGAAGCAGGAAGAGGUACUUCUAGCGAAAUCGUGGAGCGAGCUUUUCCCUCUUGACGAAGUACCUACUGUGCUCGCACAACCCUGCUGUGCACAAUUUGCCCUCUCGCGAGAACGCAUACAAGCGAAGCCCUACGCGCAAUACGUCUGGUACAGAGACUGGCUGUUCAACACGCGUCUUCCCGAUCGUCUCAGCGGACGCAUCUGGGAAUACGUUUGGCAGUUCGUGUUCACAGGCCAGAAUAUAUUUUGCCCCAAGGAACACAUCUGUUUCUGCGAUCAGUACGGAUCGUGCUUUGGUGGUGAAGAAGCAUACGAGAAUUUUAUGGCUCUCAAGAACGAGCUUAGCGACCGGGAAAAGGAUCUCAGGGAAUGGGAGGAGAAGCGGAAGGAGUUGGAAGAGGCACACAAGAAGGGCGACCAGGCAAAGCUACAGGAGUUGGAAGUUCCUGAGCUAGGGAAAGACAACGAGUUCAGGUGGGAGAUUGACCGGUUGAGACCUAUUGUGGACGGCCUGAAGCAUGAUGCGGAGAUUCGAGGACGAGACCCUCGAAAUCGGGCAUUGGAAGCUGGGAGAGAAUGGCAUGAGGGUGAUGGGUUUUAG